GCUGUUUCCAAAAUCCAAACUUUCCAGGGAACGCUUGCUGGGAUUGCUUGAAUCUUGAAUCCAGUUCCGGCAUUGUUUCUCCGGUGAGCUUCCACUCCUCCCAAUCUGCGAGCUGGUAUAGGGAUUCCUUUUGGAUCUCCCCGCAUGAGCUGGUUCGUCAAUCUGGGGCAGAACUCCAAUUCCAAUCACUUCAUCACUUGCCUUUUGAUCUUCAUCCUUCAUUACUCCCCCCAGCUACUCUCUUCCGUAUUGAAUCCUUGGAAUCGUUGGAGCGGCAAUUGUCAUGGGUUUCAGUAUGGAGAACCGCACUGAUCUUCGUAGCAAGAAAGCUUCUAGCCCAAAUGUUGAGAGGAGGCAAAAACGCUCUCCAUCAGUUAUUGUCAUCGGAACUGGAUUUGCUGGCCUUGCAGCUGCUCGUGCCCUGAAAAAUGCAUCCUUCGAGGUUAUUCUCUUAGAAUCACGGGAUAGGAUUGGUGGCCGAGUUCACACCAACUAUUUAUUUGAUUUUCCUGUUGACAUGGGUGCCUCUUGGUUGCAUGGUGUCUGUGAAGAAAAUCCAUUGGCACCUUUAAUAGGAAGAAUGGGACUUCCACUUUACCGUACCAGCGGUGACAAUUCUGUACUAUUUGAUCAUGACUUGGAGAGCUAUGCUCUCUUUGAUACAGAUGGGCAUCAAGUUCCUCAAGAACUUGUUGAAAGAAUUGGCCAUGUGUUUGAGAAUAUACUAGAAGAGGCAAACAAACUGAGGCAGGGGAUGAGCGAAGACUUGUCUAUUGCUCAGGCUAUCGCAAGUGUCAUGGAGAGACGUCCAGAUUUGAGGCAAGAAGGACUUGGCCACAAGGUAUUGCAAUGGUACUUGUGCAGAAUGGAAGGUUGGUUUGCAGCAGAUGCUGACACAAUUUCACUGAAACACUGGGAUGAGGAAGAUCUGCUUCCUGGAGGUCAUGGGCUCAUGGUCCGUGGUUAUCGCCCUGUCUUAAAUGCUCUCGCUAGAGGCCUAGAUAUUCGUCUUCAUCACCGGGUUACAAAAAUAUUCCGGGGUAAGAAAGGAGUAGAAAUCACUGUCGAAAAUGGUAAAACGUUUGUUGUGGAUGCUGCUGUUAUUACCGUUCCCCUAGGUGUCCUCAAAGCCAAUUCCAUUAAGUUUGAGCCAAGACUUCCAGAUUGGAAGGAAGAAGCAAUUGCUGAUAUCGGCGUUGGGACAGAGAACAAGAUUGCCUUACACUUUGACAAGGUUUUCUGGCCUAAUGUAGAGUUCCUUGGAGUGGUCUCUUCCACUUCUUAUGGUUGCAGCUAUUUCCUUAAUCUUCACAAAGCAACAGGUCAUCCGGUCCUUGUUUACAUGCCUGCAGGUCGGCUUGCCCAUGACAUUGAAAAGAUGUCUGACGAGGCUGCUGCCAGGUUCGCCUUUUCUCAGCUGAAUGAAAUCCUCCCAGAUGCAUCUGAACCGAUUCAGUACCUGGUCUCACACUGGGGAACAGAUGUGAACUCUCUUGGUUCUUACAGCUAUUGUGCCGUCGGGAAGUCCUCUAACCUCCAUGAGAAGUUACGGGUCCCCGUCGAUAAUAUUUUCUUCGCAGGGGAGGCCACAAGCCUGAAGUAUACUGGAACAGUGCACGGCGCAUUCUCUACUGGACUGAUGGCAGCUGAAGAAUGCCGGAUGCAUUUGCUCGAGAGAAACGGGGACUCGGAGGUGUUUCAUCCAGUGUCAGGAGGGGAAAUCACCUCCAUCUCUGUUCCUUUACUUAUUUCUCGAAUGUAGUUUACCUGAAACAUUCCAUUCAUUGCUUGAGAAAACUUGUUUUCUAUUCUCAAAGCAUUUUGGAAUGCAUAUUCUAAGCUAUAAAAGGGUUGUGAAAGAAAGUAGGACAUUAAAUAUCAACUUGUUGUGGCCCUAGUAAUUAUCUCCUGCUGGUAUAAAUAAAAUAUGACAAAUUCUUCA